AUGUCCUUACGCAAUGGGAAACCUUACACAAUCAAUACAACUGUCAUUGGGAUUAACAGAAGUUCUACAUUAUUUGUUCUUUUCUCCAUUCAAGAUCCAAGAUUUCUAGAGAACGGUGUGGUGGAGGUGCUGUUUUCCAGGAUUGUGUACAGAAAUCCAUCCUUUGCGUCAGCCCAGCCACACGAAGGCACCCACGGUCUAAGUGACUCUGGACUCUCAUGCUUCUCCCAUUGGACUGGAGGAUUAGUCUCUGGGCUCCAAGUCAGCUACAGCAGCGAGGAGCAACCCCAGCUCAAGAAAACUAUCCCUGGAAUCAGAAUGGAGGAGGAAAAACCUUCUUUAUGCAUUUCAAGGCGUGACCCUAUAGCUGCAAAUAGUGCAGAUGCUGUUUUUGAUAACUCUUGUCACUUAAAUGGUGAAACUGUGUUCAUAGAGCGCGAAACGGACAUUAUAGAUGAUGAUGAUGAUGAUGAUGAUGAUGAUAUCCCCACCCAUAAAGAUGCCACUGCUGCUCUUUCAGACACUAAAGAGACACUAUAUUCAAGGGAAAUGUCUGGUUUGCCUUCACUGAGAGGUGAACAAAGAUGUCAGAAUUCCGUCCUAUCAGAUGUUGGUCGAGGGGUGAAUUCCUCAAACGCUCUCACGCACACACAAGUAUCUACUGGAUAUCAGACACAUAUAUGGGUAAAACAGCUGGAGUCAGUAUCACCUAGUUCUUACACACACACUCCAUCAGACAGACAGGAACAACGGGAGGAGAUGGAGCUCCGCAAGGCUGCAAGCAAACCAUUAUUACCUGACAAUAGCUUUCCCGGAGUGCAGUCAGAGACAGAACAGGAUGAUGAGUUUGCUAUUCUUGCUUUGGACAUAGAUCAAUCAAUUGAACAGCUAAAUCAGAUUAUCCUGGACCUCGACCCAGAGUUUGUGCCAAUCCCCACACAGGCAAGGGGUCAAAUGACCCGUUCAGCCUCCCUGCACACCAAUGGAAUGAUGUACUCAGGUGGAAGGUCCAAAGCCCAUCAAUCAGGUUGGAGGCAACAACAGCUCAGUGAUGUCUCAGAAUACUCUGUACUGCUGAGUGCAGGUAGUGAUCUAACCCAGAACAUCCAGAACUUUGCCAUCGGCACGCCAUCUCAGCAAAGUCUAUAUUACACUUACAGUUACUUUGAUGACCUCACUCCAGAGGUUGACAGUCCUUUGUGGGCGGGCCUUAACCAAGUUCCACCCACACCAGCAUUUCCUGUGUCACCCCCCACUCUAUUUGUGAAGUGUGUAAAUGACUUCAUUCCUUCAACAAUGGACUCUCAAACCAAUAGACACUACAUGACAUUUCCAACAUGGCAAGAGUCACGAGGAUACGUGGACAGCAUGAUGCUCACGUCCAUGUCAUCAGAUGGACAGAAGAUGUUUGGAUCCAUGCACUCAAUCUCCACCCCCAGCCCAUUAGUCAAUACAGGCAGCCCCACUCCAUCUCAUUCCUGGUUAGAGGGCGGCUCCAGCACUCCCCUGAGUCACUACACCCCCCAGCCCUCCCCACCCCUCACCCUGUCUUCCCCAAACUCCCACAGCCCCCCACAGGGGGCUCCCCGGAGCCUGAUGUCUCUGGAUGUCGGGGGACUGGAGAGCAGCCUGCUGGAGGCAGUGGAGGAACUGGAGGCCUUGUGUCUAGAUGUGGCUCAGCCUCCCCUUAUACCACUGAAGAGGAGAGGAACAGACGGGCCAGAGACAAUGCUCAGUUCCCCAUUCAGCAGGGGUGGAAUCAGUGGGUCUUUUGUCAGUCAUAAUUCCUCACCUACUAGAUCUACACCGAGUCCAGAUUUCCUGGCCAGUAAACCUGAAAAUGUUAAGUUCGUUCAGGAUACAACAAAGUUCUGGUACAAGCCGGACAUUUCCAGAGAGCAAGCGAUCGGCAUUCUCAAUGACAAAGAGCCAGGCUCUUUCAUCAUCAGAGACAGUCACUCAUUCAGAGGAGCUUAUGGAUUGGCCAUGAAGGUGGCCACACCCCCACCCUCCGUUCUACAGCAAAGCAGAAAAAAGGGGGACCUGUCCAAUGAGCUUGUGCGACACUUCCUGAUCGAAUGCACACCGAAAGGUGUGCGGUUAAAAGGCUGUCCUAAUGAACCAUAUUUUGGAAGUCUCACAGCAUUGGUGUGCCAACAUUCAAUCACAUCUUUGGCGUUACCUUGCAGACUCAUCAUCCCGAGCAGAGACCCUCUAGAGGAGCUGAAUGAAUCUCAAACACAGUCUUCUACAAACUCUGCAGCAGAGCUACUGAAACAGGGAGCAGCGUGUAACGUGUGGUUCCUGGGCAGCGUGGAGCUGGAGUCUUUGACAGGAGUUCAGGGUGUUCAAAAGGCCACGACUGUGAUCUUCAGUAUGGAUCCACCACCCACAUCCACCAUUGUUCACUUUAAAGUGUCCGCACAGGGAAUUACACUCACAGACAACCAGAGGAAGUUGUUCUUUAGGAGACACUAUGCCAUCAACACUGUGAUAUUCUGUGCCCUGGAUCCUCAGGACAGGAAGUGGAUGCGAGAUGGCUGCACAGCUGCAAAGAUUUUUGGCUUCAUCGCGAGGAAAAGUGGAAGCAGCACAGAAAAUGUGUGUCACUUGUUUGCCGAACACGACCCUGAACAGCCCGCCAGUGCCAUUGUAAACUUUGUCUCCAAGGUGAUGAUUGGCUCUCAGAAGAAAUAGAAAAAAUUGACACUCCUUAUUACAUGCAGAGAUUCCUGCAGAACUGCUGUCACUAUAAAAAAGCCAUGGAAGCUGGCAUGGCUUCAAAUCACAAGCAGGCAAACAAACAUCGGAGACUUCUGUGUUCUGACACAUUUUCCUUCACAGUUCCUUCAGUGAUUUUACUUACUGAUGGGAUUCGAUCAGUGAUUGUGAUCAGACAGUACACAUCAGUAUGAUCAUCAAUGAAACUAUGAAUCCUCCCUGUUUUUGGAAAAUAUACAUUCCAAAGAUUUAAUGUCUUACUGUUGCAUCACUUAGCACGUCCAGUAGGGGGAGCCACAUUUCUAAAAUUCUUUCACUUAAACAGAGUCAGUCAUUAUUUACAAUUCUAUUUCAUAAUGCUAGUGACACAGACAUGAUACACUUCACACUAGGGGGAAAGACAUUUAAUUGGAUUUUAAAUUCAACAAAAUAUUUUUACAGUUUCAUUUCAAGUUUUUCUGAUGUUCCUGUUAAUUUUUCUUUCCAUCUGAACUAGCUGAUCUGUUUUGGAUGAUUUUGGAUGUGUCCAAAAACGAUGGAGGUGUAACUGCGGAUCAUUUUCUUUGUUGUGUCUCGGCACAUAUCCAUAUGUUGACCAAAGAGCUCAAUGUUUUUCUUUUAAUUGACAAUUUUUAUUUCUUUGAUUUUUUAUAUAAAUGUGUGUACAUUAUCAGAUAUCCCUUUUACAUUUUUACAGUUACAAAUAUUUAGUACAUUUUUUGUCUAUCUUUGUAUUUCUUUGUUUAUAUGGGGUGAGCUAACAUUUACAGUCAAUAAGUGGUUGCCUUUAAAAACCAUAUUGACUUUGACGUUGUUUAUAUAUUUCAAAAUAUUUAUCAUAUUACUCAUAUUCUGUGUAUAGCCUGCUCAUUUUUUACACAUAUACAUGGCAUGAGUGUUCAGUUAAUGAAUAGCACUCUUUAAAAAAACUUCUUAUUUGACUAAUCACAUUAUGUGAGGUGUGCAACGUGACAUUAAAUGGGCAAUGGCUAUUACAGUUCACUGAUUUAACCAUAACAGAUUAUUUUACUGAACAAGUGUGUAAAUGCUUUUCAUAAGGUGGAAGUGAAAAGUUUCACAUGGGACUCAUCUGAAGUAGACAUAAAUAUGUAAACUGUGCAUGUGCCAGACUUUACUGUGCAAGGACCACAUUCUGGAAAAGCUGUUCUGUGGCGGGACUUGCUUUCUAUAACGUUUCUUGUCCUGCCUAACUAUUUUGGUUUAUUUGUAAAUUAAUAUUUUAUUUACUGUAAUAUACAUGCACAGAUUACAAUAAAGAAAAUGUAUGGUACUAAAUGUUUGUUAUGAAAUUACGUCUAUCAUGAGCUGCCAUUAGCAUGCCAGUAUUUUGAGCUGCACUUUAAGGCCAAAAACAUUCAACGAAAGUAUGCAAAUGCAGAUGCAAUAGCUCUGCCAAUGCAAAACAAGUACCUUCUCAAUGUGUUAUUGCAUAAUUGUGGUGGUAACAAACCCCAGUCCUCAAAGAGCCAAUAAAGUUACCUUAAAAUGUCU